AUGAGCAUGGAAUGGGCGAAAAAGCGGAAAAAAACUGCCGACGAUGAGGAAGCGAAACUGAACGAUGCCCUGCUAGAAUUUCAAGCAGAUUUCGGACAAUCGAGCUCGGCAACUCAACCGAAAUCGUUUUUAAGGGGAAAUGUGGUGGAAGGCAAUAAAAGCACAAGCACCGGUGGCGAGGGAAGUGUAUACGCUCCGAAAUUCAAAAUGAAUAUUAACACCUCGAAAACUUCAAAUGUGGGCUCCAAAGAUCUUGAUGAGGCGAAGAAACUGGCAGCGGCGAAGGCGCGACGCAUGUUAGAAGAUGCUGCAAGAAGCAAGAAAAUGGCAGAGGUCCCAAAAGUGGUGCUUCCGACUACUAAGCCAUUGCAAAGGCCUCCGAAGCCAGGAAGUUUUAAAGCGAAGCAAGACAAGCCCAAACUGACUCAGAUGGAGAUGUUUAAAAUGGAAUUGCAACGAGUCCAGGAAGAUCGAGAAAAGCGCAAAGACCUCCGUCAACACCUUGAACAAGUGGGUAUGGAUCAGGCAGUUGUAGAACGCUUAGCUCCAACUGUGGAGCGUGGAUUCCAAGGGACCAGCCAGUUCGACGACGAUCCGUACACCACAAACGUCUACGUCUCUAAUAUCCCCCACUCUGUCACCGAACAAGACCUCCUCUUCACUUUUGGCUCGUUCGGACCGCUAGCAGCGCUGAAAAUCCUGUAUCCGAGAAGUGAGGAAGAGCGACGAAGACCGCAUAUCUGUGCAUUUGUGGCAUUUAUGAAUCGGAGUGACGUGGAUCGAUUUAUGGCUGAAGUGCGGGUGAUUAUCAUUCGAAAUGAGCCAAUUAGAUUUGCGUUCGCAAGACCUGUACAAAUCCCAGUGGUUCCUUAUUAUACCCCGCCCGUUCUUCAAGACCUUCAGCACCCGGAUCCGGUGUCUGGGCUGCCAUUCAAUGCGCAGCCUAAUGCAGAGCUUGCCAAGGAGUUUUUGAAGAAGUAUGGGUCGUUUCCCCCGAUCGCCGUUACUCCGACUGCUGGACAGUAUGGAUAUGAGGAUUUUAUGGAAUUGAUGAGAAAUUCUAUAGUGAGAGUUGUGAUCCCUCCUGACCGGCAACUAGUGAGGAUUAUGGAUCGAAUGGCUGUCUACGUGUGCACCGAAGGUCCCCAAUUUGAAGCCAUGAUCUGCGCAGACGAGUAUCAAAACCCAAUGUUUCAAUUCCUAUGGGAUAACACCAGUGCCCUUCACGUCUACUAUCGCUGGAGAAUCUACUCACUUCUUCAAGGGGAUACCCUGAAAGAAUGGCAUCGCCAACCCUUCAGAAUGUUCAAGAACGGAGCCUGGUGGGUGCCCCCUUAUCAUCUGAACGAGCUGCGAGAAGCCAUGCCAACAGAGCUGUAUCAGAUGAACUGUUUGAAGACGUACCCGGAGAAAUGGAUGAAGGUCAGGGAUGGAGGGCAGAGAAGGGGAGGUGAGAAGCCACAACGGACACGACAGGAUUCAGAUGACGAGCGAGAAGAUCGUAGAAGAAAGAAGAAUGAGGAAAAGGAGAGGAAGAGGCAGGAGAAGAGAGAGAAGAGGAGGAAGAAUAGGAUGUCGGAUAAGAGGAGGGAUAAGUUGGAAACGAUGCUUCGGGAGAUGACUCCGGAGAAGAUGUCAGUGGGUGCUGGCAUGGUUUGGUGUAUAGAGAAUGCGAAGUAUGCUGCGGAGAUUGCCGAGUGCAUUUAUGAUAGCCUAACGAUUGAUGAUACUCCAUUAUUCAAGAAAAUUGCAAGACUAUACCUUAUCAACGACAUUCUCUCCAACUGUGUCCAGAAAGCCAUCCGCGACGCCCAUAUGUACCGUUCCCACUUCGACGCUCUCCUUGAGAAGAUCUUCGUGGCACUUGGCAAAACUUAUCGAUCGAUUGCCUCUCGAAUCAAACAGGAUCAGUUCAAGCAGCGAGUGAUGAAUGUGUUCAGACAAUUCGAGGAGAUUGCGUUGUAUCCAACUGAUAAGCUGAUUUUGAGUCAGAAUAUCUUUUUGGGGUUGAUUGAGUACGGGAAAGAGAAGUCAGAGGAGCCAGAAGAGAAGGAGAAGGUGCAGGAGGAUUCAGAUGAGGAUUUGGAUGGGGUGCCUAUUGAAGACGUUGGAGAGAAGAAGAAGGAAUCGCUUUAUGAUGACGAUGAUAUUGAUGGAGUACCGCUGGAAGAGGCGCCGUCGACAUCCAUAGCGAGUAAAUUCAAGCCGGUGGAGCCAAGUUUAAGCUUAUUUCGAGAUUUCCAGAGCGCUCCCCGUCGAGUACCAUCCCCGAUGUUCUCGUCCAAAUGGGACAACGACGGACGCAAAUCCAACGAAGAGGACGACGAAGACAUUGACGGCGUUCAGAUCCUGGAAACCCCCGAAUCGCAGAACAGUUUGUCUCCAGGAGAAAUCAAAGAACCCCCUGCUCCUCCACCACCACCGACGUCUUCAGGACCACUAGAAGAGAAACGUCGUCAGCUGAAGCGCGACGUGGAAGUUCGAGCGUUGGCACUACAGGAUGAUUUGGAAGCGAAACGGGAUCCAGAUGUAAGGAAGAAGGUUGACGAGUUCAAGAAGGCUGAGAUGGAGAAGGUGGAGAGGAUUCUGGCGAAGGAGAUGACGUCAACGCCGUCUGGGAAGAAGGAUCGGAAGAGUGAAGAGCGGAGAAGUGAGAAGAAGGAUAAGAAGAGGAAGAGGAGUCGUUCAAGGAGUCGGGAGAGGGAUAGGGAGAGGAGCCGGAGAGACCGUUCUAGGGAUCGGGAUCGUUCCAGAGACAGAUCAAGGGACAGACGGGAUCGUGAUAGGGAUCGGGAUCGAGAUAGAGAUCGGGACAGGGAUCGGGACCGGGAUCGUGAUCGCCGUUAUCGAUAA